CAUUAAUCACAGAUUACCUAACAUUCUAAGACUGUUAAUAUUACCAAACUCUCGUAAAUGUUUAUGGCCUAGGAUAAUCAAUACAGGGGGAUUCUUUUCAAUGAUACACCGGAAAUAAGCUUAGCUUACCCCUUUUUGAUCCACUGAAGAGAAAGCUGCAAGGAGUUUUUUUUUUCCUGCAGGGUAUUACGAACUUAUUUGUUUAGAACACUAAUUGUUCUUUAAAUCUAGCCUCGGGGAGUGCAGUACUGGAUUGUAAGGUGUUAUUGACAUCUGUGAGCAAAGGAGUGGUUUUGUAUAAUGGAGGUAGCUGAGGCCUGUAAAGAAGCUGAUGGUGCCUCUUCACAAGAUGAGCAGAUUGAAAUACUCAGUGACAGGCUGGUAGAAACUGACCAAAGUACUGCACCUGAAGAUGAAGAGACCCAGCAUGCUGCAAGUUCUUCCAAGUGUGGCUCCAUCGACUCCCAUAAGUGUCCAAAAAGAAAAAGGCAGCUUAUCUCAUCAAGAAAAAAAACAGCUGAAUCCCUCAUUAUCCGAGAGAUAAAAGUGGAAGAACCUGAUCCAAAUGAGCUUCAGAAUGCAGCUAAAUCUGGCAUGCCUGUAUGUGCUGAUGUUAAGAAGGAGGCUCAGCAGUCAGAAGUGCCUACACUCCAUCAGAGCCUUGCAGGAGAGUGCUUUACAUGUACUGCAUGUAAGAGGAACUUUCCAGAUCAAGAUUCCUUAUCUAGUCACACAUUACAGGAUCAUAUGUCCACUCCCAAGGAUGAGGCAAGUGAUGCAAACUCUACCUCAGAGGAGUGUUUGGAGUCUGCCAGUGACUGGAAGUGUUUUAUAUGGCUUGGUCCUACUGAAGAUGAUCAGCAACCUUCCACUGAUGAGAAACGUUUUGAAUGCUCUGAUUGUGGUAAGACUUUUCGGUGGAAGCACCAUCUUCUAGGCCAUCAGAGGAUACACACAGGUGAAAAACCAUAUCCAUGCAAUGUUUGUGGGAAGAGCUUUAGGUGGAAGGAUAAACUCACACGCCAUCAGUGGGUACAUAUGGAACAGACACCAUUUAAAUGCAGUGAAUGUGGAAAUUGUUUUACAAGUAAAUCUCAUCUUAAUACACACAAGCAGAUCCAUUCUGAAGUGAAACCUUACAAGUGCACUGAAUGUGACAAGUCUUUUACAAAUAAACACUAUCUUGACAGGCAUCAGUGGGUCCACAUUGAAGAAAAACCUUAUAAAUGUGUGGAAUGUGGAAGAAGUUUUUUAGCUAAACGGGAUCUUGUUAAUCAUCAUUUGAGUCACUCUGGAGUAAAGCCUUAUACUUGUUCACACUGUGGGAAGGGUUUUACAACAAAACAAUAUCUCAUUGUUCACCAGCGUAAUCACUCUGAAGUAAAGCAGUUUAUCUGCUCUGAAUGUGGUAAGAGUUAUAGAACAAUGGCUUACCUUGCUGGGCAUCAGCGAAUUCAUAGUGGACAAAAGCCUUUUCAGUGUCCUGAGUGUGGGAAAAGUUUCAGAUGGCAAACUCAACUUACAGGUCAUUUGUCAACCCACACCGGAGAGAAACCUUUCAAGUGUACACACUGCGACAAGAGUUUUGCAACCAAAGCAUACUUGGCUAAACACAAGAGGAAUCAUUCUGGAGCAAAACCUUAUGUAUGUGCAGACUGCGGAGAGACUUUCAAAGGUCAAUCUUCUCUGUACAGACACCAGACUGUUCAUCGAGAGAAGCGUUUUAAAUGUCAUGAAUGUGAAAAAACCUUUAUAUGGAGGCAUCAGCUCAUCGAUCAUCAACUGGUACAUACUGGAGAAAAACCUUUUAAAUGUACUGAAUGUGAUAAAGCUUUCAGUACUAAACCACACCUUAAGUUACACCAGAAAAUUCACUCAGGAUCAGAAACUCAUAAGUGUAAUGAAUGUGGGAAGAUUUUUGCAUUGAAAGCUUACCUUCUCAGACAUCGAUACAUUCACACAACAAGGAAGCCGUAUAAAUGUACUGAAUGCGGAAAGAGCUUUAGGUGGAAGGACAAGCUCUCAAGCCAUGAGAGGGUUCACACAGGAGAAAGGCCUUUUAAAUGCGAUGAAUGUGGAAAGAGUUUUAAACGGAAAGAUGCCCUGCAGUACCAUCAGAAGUCACACACUACAAUAGUGGUUUCUUUAGUUAGUGAAAAUGAAGAACUGCGACAGGAACUUAAUGUUGUUAACAGUGCUCUGCAUGAUCUAAAACUAAACUGUUGGAAUGUGCAAGCUGAGAACCAGCAACCAAAAAUGUUUGCCAAUGUAGUGAAAAUGACAUUUAGCAUAUUAUGUAACAUGUCUUGGCAUAAAGGAACAAGUUUUGGCAGGUUAUGCAUAUUGUGUACGUUAUGGAUCUGUUUAACAAAUCUAAUGGAGAGCUUUUGCAUUGUUCCCUCAGAUUCUUUAUCUGUUGAUAUUCAUGAAGAUGAAGAUAGCAGCACAGAACUCCCUACGCUCCUGCAGAGCUUUAAAGAAGAGCAGGCUACAUGCACUACAUGCAAAAAAAACUUUACAGAUCAGGAAUCAUUAAGUAAACAUAUGUUAAAUGACCACAAGCAAGAACAGAGAGAAGAGUCUGAUCAGAUAAACUGUUCAUCAGAAAAGUCUGAACCUUCUAUUGACUGGGAGAGUUUUGUUUGGAAUGGUGAAGUCCCAAAAAACAGGGAAAUUCCUACAAAGCAGAAACCAUUUCAGUGCAUUGACUGUGGUAAGUGUUUUAAGUGGAAACACCACCUUGUCGGACAUCAAAGGAUUCACACCGGUGAAAAGCCAUACACCUGUAAAGUUUGUGGUAAGAGUUUUAGAUGGAAGGAAAAACUCACUCACCAUCAGUGGGUGCAUAAGAAGGAGACACCAUUUCGGUGUGAUGAAUGUGGGAACUGUUUUACAAGUAACACUCACCUUAACACACACAAACAGAUACACUCUGAUGUGAAGCCUUACAAGUGUAGUGAGUGUGAGAAAUGUUUUACAAAUAAGCACUACCUUGAAAGGCACCAGUGGGUUCACAUAGAAGAAAAACCAUUCAAGUGUAAUGAGUGUGGAAAGAGUUUUUUAGGUAAACGUGACCUUGAGACUCACCAACUGAGCCAUCAAGGAAUAAAGCCAUAUAAAUGCACGGACUGUGGAAAAGGUUUUACAACAAAACAAUAUCUUAUGGUUCACCAGCGAAAUCAUGUGGAAGUAAAACAGUAUAUAUGUUCUGUAUGUGGGAAGAGCUACAGAUCCAUGACAUAUCUUGUUGGGCACCAAAGAAUUCAUAAUGGUCAGAAACCUUUUAAUUGCAUGGAGUGUGGAAAAAGUUUUAGAUGGCAGAACCAGCUGGCAGGUCAUUUGUUGACUCACACUGGAGAAAAGCCUUUCAAGUGUUCUCAGUGUGAAAAAAGUUUUGCAACGAAAGCAUAUUUGGCCAAACAUCGGAGAAAUCACUCAGGAGGAAAGCCCUCUAAAUGCCCUAAAUGUGGAGAGAGUUUUCCAAAUCAGUCUUCUCUUUACAGACACCAGAAGGUUCAUAGAGAGAAACAUUUUAAAUGUAAUACAUGUGAGAAAUGUUUUAUAUGGCGUCAUCAGCUGAUAGACCAUCAAAUGGUGCACACUGGUGAAAAACCUUUUAAGUGCACUGAUUGUGGAAAAACUUUCUCUUCAAAGCCACAUCUUAGCAUACACCAAAAAAUUCAUUUAGGAACAAAGCCUCAUGAGUGUAGCGAAUGUGGAAAGAGAUUUGCAUUGAAAUGUUACCUUGCUAAGCAUCGAUUACUUCAUGUAAAAAAGAAUCCUCACAAGUGUGCAGAGUGUGGUAAAGGUUUUAGAUGGAAGGACACAUUGGCGUGCCACCAGAGGGUGCACACAGGAGAAAGGCCUUUCAAAUGUUCUGACUGUGGGAAAGGUUUCAAAAGGAAGGAUGCUCUUCAGUACCAUCAGAAGAGGCAUUUAAUAAUACAGACUUCUAAAAUUUGAACUUUUGUAGCCAGGUGUUUUAUUUUUAUCAAGAUAUUAGAAAAAAAUGAAUUAUUGUAUGUCAUUUCAAAAAGCAAGAGAGUAAAACUCUGCCGUCAUUGUAAUAGUCUUGGAGUUGUAAAUUAUGUAAAGAUAAGUGAAUAGUAACUUGACCAUUCCAUAAAAAUGAAAUGUAGGGGGCCAUAAAACCAAUAAAGCACCACUGUGGUGGUAAUCCGUCAUCA